UAUAGAUCAGCCGCAGGCGCAGGAAAGGAAGCCCUGCUCAGUCAGUUUAGUGAGGACAGAGCUCUGCGCCAGUCGCACCGCUAUAUCGCUUAUCGUACGCGAUCGUAACAAACGUAUUUACCUCGUCGACAACCUGACAGCAUAAUUAAUAUAAUAAUGGAUAACACAGAAUUCAGCAGCGAGGAAGCGCUAACCGCGAAAAUUAUCACAAUGUCGUGUUUAUUUGCCAUAUCCAUGGGAGUGGGUUUGAUACCUCUGCUCAUAUCCCUAAAGUUCGAUUGGUUCUCCAGAAAAAGUGAUGGUGAAAUUCGCACCAAUAAUCGACUAGUCAUGGGUCUUCUAGCGUUCGGUGGUGGCGUCUUGUUCUCUACUACUUUCAUGCAUCUGCUGAACGAGGUUGAUGAAAAUAUUGAGAUAUUACAAGAGGAGGGCCUUAUGCCAGAAAUGCCAUUUUACCUCGCCGGCCUGAUCAUGUCUGCGGGAUUCUUCAUGAUGUACCUAGUUGAGGAACUGGUCCAUCUAUACAUCCACACUAGGAACAAGAAAAAUGCUGACAAACUCAGUAGAACUUUCAGCAUACGCCGAUACAGCAACGUGAUCGAAAACAGGGAAACGGAGAAUGGGAAAGCUGUUGAUCACGAAAGUGCCGCUCUCGCUGAUCUUCAGGAGACGCCUGCUGAAGAUUCAGUGAUGACUGCUUUGAGGGGUCUGCUAAUAGUCCUGGCCCUGUCUAUACACGAGUUGUUUGAAGGACUCGCAGUUGGUUUGGAGUCAUCAGUUGCAAACGUGUGGUAUAUGUUUAUGGCAGUGUCCGCGCACAAGUACUUGAUAGCGUUCUGCGUGGGCGUGGAACUCAUAGCAGCCGGUACCAAACGCUGGCUGUCAGUGGUGUACAUCUUCACCUUCUCCUUCAUGUCGGCGCUGGGCAUCGGAGUGGGCAUCCUCAUGGUAGGAGGCGCGGGAGCCGCCGCGGCCGGUAUAUACUCCGUCGUUUUGCAGGGCCUGGCGUGUGGUACUCUACUUUACGUGGUAUUCUUCGAAGUUUGGCAGCGCGACGGCACUGGUUUAUUGCAGUUCGUGUGGUCGUUCCUGGGUUUUGCAAUCAUGACCAUCAUAGGACUCUUAGUAAAAAUCUUCUUUGAGUGAGCUCUUAUUUACACAAGAUUUUCUGGACUAGUACCCGUGGCUCCACCAAAAUCUCCCCGUCAUGGAUCCACGAGUAUUUUUUUUACUCGUUGUCCCACCCCGUUCCGUAAAGUGUUCGCCAGUGGGUCUACAGGUAAUUUUUAACAUGGUCCGAAUUAAUUGGUAAAAAUUGAUUAAAUAAUUAUAGCCAUUUUGUGGUGCAAAUAUCCCCUGAGAUAUUAUAUUCUUGAUAAUAAAAAAAAAAAACGAUUUCCCUUGAGAUCAAGUUUAAGAAAUGUUAAUUUUUCCAGUGCCACAUCAACUGUAAUCUCACCAGUAAAGAGCACCACAAAAUAGUUUUUAAUUACAUUUUACCACAGUGCACGGUAAAAAAUAAUGACCUAUAAAGCCUCUGGCGAACGAUGUUCAGAACGGUGAGACUACGAGUAAAUAAAAACCCCCGUUGACCCACCAGGGGGGACAUGUUGGUGUGACCACGGGUAAUAGCCCGAUUUUCUUACAUGAACUGUGUUCAAGAUACAUUAUACGCUCUAGCCAAGUGACUUCGUGAGAACAGUCAGCAUAAUAAUAGUACAAUUAAAAUCAUAUUUUUAAUUAUAAUUUUACCCUUGCGCAUUAUUUAUUAUUAUCUAUCUACUUACCUGCUUUUGUAAUAUAAAGUGAAUCUGUAAUGUAAUGUUGCGUUAAUAAUGGUUAUAAAUAUUGCAUGAUGAUAAAUCUAAAGUAGUAAGAUUCUUUAUUCAAAAAUAAAAUUAAAAUGGUAACUUCGCUACAGCGCACAAAAUAAUGUGGCACAUAGGAUCUCUUUCGCACCAGCUUCUUCUCAACUUAAUAGAAAAUACCACUCUGUAUUGUUGUAUGUACAGAUCGCGCCAUACUGCUGUACCGCUCUGAACACUGCACUUAGGGAAUUUCACUCUUUGAAAAAAAAUCUAUAAAUGUAUUAUUGCAAUAGUUUGGACAAAAAGGAGUCGGAAAAUGUUAGUAUCAGUUCAAUAACAAAAGGCAUUUCAAAAUGAAAAAAGUUUUUGAAGUUAUACUUCUUUAGGCGCGUUAAAAAAAUUAUGAGAGUGAAAUUUUAAGAUGUGCGCGCAUCACUGUAACACAAAAUUUUAACACCAUGAAGUUGGUUAAGAAAAUCUACCAACAAAAUAGAAUCUCUAUUUAGUGGGUGCUAACGACUGCAUUGUGAAGGCCUAUCAAAAGUAUUUAUUAAUCUGGAACAACGGAACCAAAGCGCGAUUCAGGAGACUACAGCGC